UGUCUUUGCGAAAAAUGCAAAUGAGCAUCAGUGACGAUCAAAAUAGCACGAUCUAAGUAUCAAAAUAACCAAACCUGUUUUAGCGGGCUACCGCCCGCCGUCUGCCCACGGUGAUCACUUUCAUUCUGGCGCGCGAUUGUUUCCAAAAUAACUAUCGCAUAUGUGACGGGUAUUUUCGAGCUUUUUUUGGAAAACUGGUUUCAAAUGGUGUGAGUUGCGUUUGUUCUCUCCCAAAUGCGAUCACCUCAUCUUCCAGGAUGAGUUCUAGAACUGUUGGUGGUGCAAACGCUCCUUCAGUUUGGUUUUGACCGAGGUCGUCGAGUGACACGCACAACUUUUUCGCGAGCAAUGGAUAUUACCGUUGUCCUUUUGUGGAUCCUGGCCGUGGUGGGGUUGGUGGCAUAUUUGGUGCACAAGUGGCGCUACUGGAAUCUCCGGGCGAUUCCGGGAAUCGAGCCGUGCUAUCCGUUGCUGGGAAAUGCGCUGAUUUUCGCCAAGGCUUCGGGCUAUUGGAAGAGCUUUAGGAAUGAUAAUCGAAUGACUAAAAUAUGGUUCGGACCGGUUCCGGUAAUUAAUGUGCAACAUCCGGACCUGGUUCAGAAGGUGCUCUCGGAGUGUUUGGACAAACCGUUCGCGUACGAUUACAUGGAGUUGGGGCGGGGGUUAAUUUCCGAACGAUAUGGAAACGUGUGGCGCGAGCAUCGGAAAACGUUGAGUCCCCUGUUCAACACCAGGAUUCUGUACAGUUUUAUGCCGAUAUUCGAGCGCGCCACCGGCAGUAUUGUGGACAGGUUGGCCGAGGUGGCGGACGGGCGGGACGUGGAUCUGCUGGAGUACACGCGGGUUUGCAGUGCCGAGGUGGUGCACGGAACGAUGGUCACGAUUGAGCGCCUGCCCGAAGAGCUGGUACGGAAGCUGAUCGAGAGCUUGGAUGUCAUCCUCGAGGCGCUCGGCACACGCAUCCGGACCGCGCUCUACGCACUGAAAACGUUCUACAAAAUGAGCGCCAUGUACCGGGAAGAGUGGCGCUCCCGGAGGCUGUGCUACGCAACGGUGAACGACGGAAUCCAGAAAAUGCGCACAAACAUCAUUAACGAGCGGAACGAGCAGCCGGAAAGAAGCACCGACUAUGAUGAUGAUGACGAGGAUGGUGGUGCCAAUGCCCAGAAACCGGCCCAAUCAAUUGCAUUCGUGGAACGGUUGCUGACCAUCCAGCACAAGGGGCGGCCCUUCACGGACGAGGAAAUUGCGAACCAUGCCUACACGAUGCUGGUUGCCGGCUACGAAACGUCCGCGCUGCAGCUGUCCACCACCUGUCUGAUGCUGGCGAUGCAUCCGGACGUGCAGGAACGGGUCGUCAGCGAGAUACAAACCAUCCUUCCCACGCCGGACAGCCCCAUUACGCCGGAAACGCUCCGCGAGCUGAUCUAUCUGGACCAGACGCUGAACGAGGUGCUGCGACUGUACCCGGUGGCACCGCUAAUUGCCCGCCAAUCGACGGCCCCGCUCGAGCUGGACGGGGUGCUCGUCCCGGCCGGGAUGGUCUUCACCGUGAACAUUGCGUGCGUGCACCGUCGGGCCGACGUUUGGGGCGCCAACGCGGUGGACUUUGAUCCGGAUAACUUUUCCCCGGAACGGGCCGCCGGUCGCCACCCGUACGCGUACAUUCCGUUCAGCGGUGGGCCGCGGGUUUGCAUCGGCAAUCGGUACUCGAUGAUUUCGAUGAAGGUGUUCCUGAUCCGAUUUCUGCAGCAGUUCCGGAUUAACACACGGCUCGUCCGGAAGGAGCUCAAGUUUAAGUUCCAGGUCACCCAGAAACUGAUCACGCCGUACACGGUGCAGCUGGAGAAGCGAAAUUUGUACGGUUCAACGGAGUGACUCCAUUGCAAUAAAAGAUCCCUCUUGCAAUUAAACCGAUUUUAAGAUGUU